AUGGCUUCCAAGACCUAUAAUGUCGGCGUGGUGGGCUACGGCUUCAGCGCGAAGAUCUUCCACAUCCCCUUCGUGAAGGAGGUCCCCGAGCUCAAGCUCUACGCGGUGGUCCAGCGUACCCCCAAGGCGGACGAUGACGCCGAGAAGGAUCACCCCGGCGUGAAGUCCUUCCGCACGACAGAGGAGAUGGUGCAGGACUCCGCCAUUGACGUCGUGAUCAUCACUACUGCCCCAGACUCCCAUUUCGCCCUCUCCAAGCUGGCCCUGGAGGCAGGCAAGCACGUCGUCUGCGAAAAGCCCUUCACCCCAACCACCCAAGAAGCCGACGAGCUCGUCGCGAUCGCUAAGAAGAACAACAAGCAGCUCGCCGUGUUCCAGAACCGCCGCUGGGACGCCGAUUUCGUCACCCUCUCCAAACUCAUCAAGAACGGCUCGCUCGGCCGCAUCUCCGAGUUCGAAACACACUUCGACCGCCACCGCCCCGAGGAGCCCGCAGCCGACGCCCACGCCUGGAAGAACAAGGUCAUCCCCGGCGGCUCCGCCAUCUAUGACCUCGGCGCCCACCUUCUCGACCAAGCCGUGCACGUCCUCGGUCUCCCCGCGCGCAUCACCGGCUUCAUCGGCUCUGCCCGCGCCGUCAACUCCUCCUCCUACGAGGAUGCCUUCACCGUCCUACUCCACUACGCCAACGGCACCAUGGUCACCGCCAAGGCGACCGUGGUCAGCCCCGAGGAUGAGCAGCUGCGCUUCUGGGUGCGCGGUGAGAAGGGCAGCUUCAAGAAGUUCCACCUGGAUAUUCAGGAAGAUCAGCUUAAGGCUGGCAUCAUGCCCCAGGACAAGGGCUAUGGUCGUGAGCCUAGCGAGCGCUACGGUACCCUGACUACCAUCAAGGAUGGCAAGCCUGUCAAGGAAGUUGUGCCUACUGUUGAGCCCCCUACUUACACUGAGUACUACCGCAAGUUGGUGCGUGCGCUCGGUGGUGAGGGUGAGCUUCCUGCGAGCGGCGCGGAGGCUCGUGAGGUUAUUCGAUUGAUUGAGCUCGCUCGCGAGAGCUCCCGCACUGGCCGGACAUUGGAUGUUUAA